GCAGAGGUGCGUCCUGGGUCCCCGCGGCGGCGCCGGUAGGUUGGAGCCGCGGGCCUAGCGGGGCUGCGGAGUGGCGGCCCAUGAGGCCACAGGGCGGCAGGGCGAAGGGACUGGGUGGCCGACCCUUCCCGGAUCCUCGUUUUCCCAGGGCUUGCCUGAGACACCCCACCCCCACCCAGGACCCCACCCUGGGGCUGUGAGGAUCCUGUCGGGCUACCACAGUCCACCUUACACAUUUCGCCACCGCCGUGACCCCGACUCCCUGUCGUCGUUCGGGCCCUGGGGACGCGGUCUCCCCACCUGAGGGUCCCGAUCUGCCCCUGAUCCCAGUCUGCCUGAUUAGCCCCCAGUCUUCUGUCAACUUCCUGUGCUGGCCCCAAAGGAAUGUGUGAAGGCAAGUCGGCCUGGCUGCAGCCUCUGUUUACAAAGCUUCUUGAAAGCCAAGAGCACCCUCCCAAGGGCUCAGGAUGACCUAGGCGAAGAGCUUGGUCCCGGCCUCCCAAUAUAAGCGCCGGAGGUUUGGGGUGGGAGGUGCCAAGUGCUGGUUUGUGGAUACCCAGGCAGACCUGCAGUGCCCAAUGCCAUGAGCAUGGUAGUACAGCAUGUGGAGGAGAAAGCUGUGCACUCGUGGUCACGCAUCUCCACGGCAGGAAAGAAAGCCCUGGAAGAGGCCCUCCUUGUGUUUAAUCCCAUGAGUCAGGACCUCAGUGCCACAGAGGCCCAGCUCGUGGCCUUCCUCCAGGGUCUGCGAGAUGAUGGCUUCCAACCGACCAUUCUUCGAAGUGGGGAUGUCUAUGGUUAUAGUUCAUGCACAGCCAGCCCCCCUAGCCAGACAAAGCUACAAGCUCGUACCAUCAACCCACCUGCCACAUCACUUCCUGCUAGUGCUCCUCAGACUGCUGUAUCAGUCCCUGCAGGCCAGGCUACCAUGCUUCCUGUGCCACUGUCUGGCAGGCUGGCUAAAGGGUCCACACCAGCCCUUGCCAAGCAUGCUACCACUAACCUGCUGCUGAGCUCCCUGAAGCAGUCAAAUGCCAGCAACACCAGUGGUACAACAGUAGGCUUCCCUGCCCACCUCUAUCCAGGCGUCUACCCUGCCAUGCGGCUCUCUGUUGUCCUUGAAGCACUGGUCCCACUCAAGACUCCCUACUUGGAUGUUAAGCACAGAACACAGUCCUUGCAGCUGUCACUUGCAAAAUCUCCCCUGAAACCGAGGAAAGGUUCAGGGAACCCACAGUCCAAAGCACCCCGAAGAAUCACAAGCAAGGGCCUCAAAUAUCUGACUAGCAAAGGCCCUGGGGCUGGUCUCCAUCGAGGUGCUGGAACCCAGAGCAAUGCCUCCCGAAUGAAAGGGCGCUCUGCUUUGGGCACCAAAGCAGUCCGGACCAAGGCAUCUCGAACCCAGACUAAAGCUGCUCGUGCCCAUGCCAGUGUGGCUCGAACCCAGACCAAGACAGUAAGGGUCAAGGCCAAAGCAAAAGGCUCCAAGCCCACGGCAGCCAGAGCCAAAGCCAAGGCCACUGUGGUGAGGGACAAGGCUAAAGACAAGGUAGUCCAGGCCAAGGCCAAAGCAGCUCAGCCCAAGCACAGGGGAAGGCCAAAGGGAUCUGUUCAUACCAGAACUGGAAGGGCAAGCUUAAAAAACUGCUCUGAGACUGUGGGGCAGAAGAGGAAGAAGGCCGAGGAGACCAAGGGUCUUCCUCCUAAGAAGAGAGCACGGCGUGCACUCCGAUCUCCUAAGGUGUGGCUGGGGCCUGGAACAGCAAAACCUCGGAAGUCCCAAACCAUAAAGGUAGACAGGAAGUGCUCAGAUGAUGAGGUCCGACAGUGUGCCCAACAGGUCCUCCGUGUGAAUCUCUCUCCCAGAGUCUGGCUCCAGCCAUUGCUACCAUUUUGAUUCCAUACUCAACAUCCUGAGUCCUUGAAGCAGUACUUGGAGAGACAGUCGAGCUGUGUCUAUGGCCAGCAGCAGCGUGCAGUGCUCACGGACUCUGCAGCUUCCCGGACUCCGGGUACCUCCGGGACCUCUGUGGUCACCAACAUUCUUUCAGAAACUGAGAGUUUGGGUGGGGUGGGUUGUGGUAGGGGUGUUUUCAUGGCUCAAUGCACUGUGACUUGUUCUUCAAAUUGUAUGUCCACCAUUCAUCUAUCAUGUUUUCUACCUUCCGGUCUCCCUGCUCACCCUCCAUGGUCUUAUUUAUCGAUUUAUUUUGGUGUAGGAGCUAGUGGCAAGAGGCUAUCAGAAGUCUAGGAGCAAGCUUGGAGAGAGUGCUCUGGUAGCUUGAAGCAGGUUGUUAAUUUAAAUGACAGGGUGACAUUAGAGGAAUGAUGCUCUCGGGCUUCUGGAGAGAUGUGGGGAAAUUCAGGUGCUGGUUUCUGUGAAUGUAUUUAGAGAGAUCCUGAGGGGAGGGGCAGAGCCACUAUGAGAUAAGACACCUCUCCUUGAGUGUCCCAGUUUUGAACCAGUUGGGCCCCAUUCAAAAUUGUUUGCAGCUCAGUGGGAAAUCCAGCACCAAGCAGGUUUUUAGGUCAGGGAAAGAAGUCUUUGUGGUACUGCUCUCUAGAGGCCAAGCUUUAAGGUUUUGCCUGGGGGAGAGCACAGGCUUGAAGUGCCGCUUUUCUGCUGAAAGUGACUAGCCUCAAUUUUCCCAGUUGGUGACAAGAGGCCAAGCUUUGAAUCUGGACCACAAAACUUUGCUUACUGUCCAGAGAAUUUUCUCUGUGAUAACUGGUGAUAGAACCAGGGAGGCCUCUACCCAUACCUCAGCAGUGCUUUCUGACUGGUUUCUACAAGCUCCAUCUUACUGUGGGAUCCAACCUCACCAUGUCUCCUAACAUGACUUGCUUUGGAGAAGCUGGGUCCUCAGUGGAAGCAGCUACUAGAACGUAUUGCUGAGAUAGAGAACAUGUAAUCCUUGUACUUGGGAAUUUGAGUAUGAGUUUGAGGUCAGUAUCAGCUACAUAGUGAGACCCUGUCUGCCUGUCUUUUGUUUGUUUUUUUGAGACAGGGUUUCUCUGUGUAGCCCUGGCUGUCCAUCUCCAGGGAUCGCACAGCCUCUAACGGCUUCCCUGAUCACAGGCAGAGGAACACAUACAUACAAAUAAAUCUUUAAAAAAAAAAACAAAACAAAAAGACUAAUGCACAAGUUGAUUAAGCAUCAGUUCUGUGAGAAAAGGUGGUGGUAAGCAUCU